UCUUGGCGGGCAGUGCGAGCCAGCGAGUGGAGCAUGUGAGACGCUUCUGCCCUGCUCUUCUCCCCACGAUGACCUCUCGAUUAAGGCACUUGCUGCUCAUUUAUGGCCUGGCCGUGGCCGCCGUGGCCAGGCCCAGCGUCGGCGCUGCUGACGACCUCGAAAACGACACGCCAAAGAAAAUCCCUGAGAACGAAGUGACGACGUCUUCGAGAUGCAACCCUCCUGAGAUGAACCUGGCCGGAAAUCGAGCGGUGGCCACGGAUUUCUUAGGGGUCACCGAGGUCAAGUUUGCGGGCGCCAUCGGUCCCCUAGGUGAUCGUCGUCUUUGCAAAAUUAAGUGCAUCGACGGUGAGUGGGUCGGACCGCUUUGCCAAGUCAAGGAUGACGGCGGCAGGUUCCAUCCUCUACUCCGGAGCUGUCACUUCAAGGCCCUUCCACCACAGCUGCUCGUGACAUACCAGAAUGUCAGCAUUGCGACCGACUCGAGGAAGGUGUUUCCCCACGGGGUUGAGGUGCUGGUGCGCUGCAGAGAGACCGGCCUGUUCAAACUGCUCGGCGAUUCGGUUCUCGAGUGCCAGAACGGCGUCUGGAGCCACCCACUGCCCAUUUGCAUACCCACAACUUUGCUGACCAACUUUUCUGAGGAAUCCCCACCGACGAUUCUAAUAAAAGUACCGACCGGCUCGUCCGCUGUGGAGCCGAGAGGCGAGCUGGCAGUUUUUCCAGGGAGCAUCAUCCAUCUCGAAUGUGCCUUCACCAGGAAACUGGGAAACCCCGAAUGGACUUGGACGUCAAAGUUCAGAGAACAUAUGACAGGUUGGGCCAUGUCUGCAGAGGAACGUGAUUGGAAGUACCGCCUCUCUAUUUACUACAGCAAGCCGCAGGAUUCAGGUGAAUUCACCUGCACGACGCCCAUCGGCACUUCCAAUUCCAUCACAAUCAACGUUAAAGCCGUUCUGUGUCCACCCCUAGAGGUGAGUGACCCUCACGCGACCGCCCGAGUGGAGGGCAGUCGUCUCGGCCACACCGCCGUUUUCCAUUGCCCCACGGGCUACUUCCUCAACGGCACCGCCAAUUUGAGCUGCGAAGCGACAGGCAAAUGGUCCUCAGCUCCUCCAAAAUGCCUGCCUGUGCAGUGUCCGCAGAUAAACCCCGUUGACCCGAGACUGGCCGUCGAGAACACUAACAGGAGCUAUGGUGGUCGAGUGACCUUCAGCUGUCCUUGGGGCUACAAACUGACAGGGCCGCCGAAUCUUGAGUGCCAGAGCACAGGACGGUGGUCUGGAAAAGUGCCUCAGUGUCAAGCGGUCCACUGCCCACCGCCCCAACCGCUUCCAAACGGAAGGAUUCUGGAAACUGGUGGACAGGCCUUGUCUGAUGGCAGAUACUCGGUGGGCAGCGCCGUCCAGUUCGGGUGUGCAGAGUCUUAUCAGCUGAUGGGGGAACCAACCAUCGUCUGCACCGAGAGAGGCUUUUGGUCUCACUCUCUUCCUUUCUGCAAGCCGCGGUGUUCGUACCCAGGUGACCCGGUCAACGGCCACAUCGCGCCAAUAAAAUUUUACUACGAGCCCGGCGAUCACGUCAAGGUGACGUGCAAUCCGGGCUUUGUGGUGCGCGAGCGAACGGCCACCUCGAGACCCACGUGUCGCCCCGACGGCUCCUGGUCCGAGAAAAUGCCCACCUGCGUCGACUACUCGGAAGUGUAGAGAGAACAGAGAUUGUGCCCAAGAACUGUGUUUGCAUCGUCUCGCGUUCUCAUCUCUGGCCGUGCAAACGCCGCCUCUCCUUGAUGUCUGUGUGUGUAAUUUGAUGUGGCUCUUGUGGCUCUAGAUGGAACAAUAAAAACGGCGCAACUCUAUAUAAAUAAAGCAGUUUGCUCCUCACUGUUGGU